CUUAUCAUUUCUUUUUGUUUUCCUUGAAGUGAGAUAAUAAAAAAACUUACUUUGUUUACUGUAUAGCAAGGUAUUGUGCGCAGGCGAUAAAAUAUAAAAUUAAUUAUAUUUUCGAUUUUUCGAUGAAACACCAGCAAGAAACAAAAUCAUAAAAAUGGCGCGUAUAAUAUGUGAUGAAUUUUACCUUACCUUCGGAGAGAGAGAGAAAGAAAGAGAGUUACAAACUUCGUCGAGUGUGGCGCUUCCAUCGAUUCUCUCGAAAUAUUUUGAUAAGAGAUUAAUGUUAACAGAAAGUUUCGUAUAACGUCGCAAGCACGUCAAUCGGCGUGUGCGAUGACGUUUCUUGGCUGUGUUCGGAAUACUACUGUCGGGACUUUGCAGCAGAUUUGUUUACAAUCUCAAUUAAUAUAUAAUCAUAAAAACUUCAAAGAAUUCUUCAUACGAAAUGCAUCGAGUUUUGUUCCUAAGAAAGUUCUUAUAGUUUCCAAAUUAACACGAUAUAAUUUUGAAAAAUUACGAGAGCCUAAUUUGAAUGAAGAAGAAUUUAAAAAUAAAUUAUUGCGAAGAGGUUCCAACUAUGAGUCGAUGUUAUCCUGUCAUCAUUCGACUAAAAAUGUCGAAAAUGACGUAGUGGAGGUACUUAACAGACUAAACAUUGAAUACAAGAAAGUUGAUAGAAGCAGCAUAAGCAGAUCCGAUGUUGUCUGGGCCGAUUUAGUUUUGCCCAUUGGUGGCGAUGGCACCUUCCUUUUGGCUGCUAACUUAAUAUUCGAUAACAAAACACCCAUAAUAGGAAUUAAUUCUUAUCCCACUAACUCAGAAGGUUACUUGAUGUUACCAUCAUAUUAUACCAAAAAUAUAUCGCAAAUCUUUAAAUUAUUAAAAGCAGGACAAUAUGAUGUAUUAAUGAGAUCUAGAAUUCGAACUACUUUAAAAGGUGAAGGAAUUUGGGAACUGCCUUUUCAUAUGCAUGAGGAAGGUCGUCUUGUUGGAGUUGAAAGAUUUUUGUCCAAUGACCAACUGAGACCAAUCAAUUCAGAUCAAUUACAUGAAAGGAAGUUGCCUUGGUUAGCACUCAAUGAAGUAUUCGCAGCCGAAGUAUUAGCAGCAAAGAUAAGUACUUUAUUGAUCAAACUUGACAAUGAGGAAAAUUUCCAUAAAAUUAAAAGCUCUGGUCUUUGUAUAAGUACGGGCACAGGCUCGACAGCUUGGUACAAGGCAAUAAACAGCAUUAGCCCACAACUUGUACAACAAAUACUCGGUUUGGUUGAUGACCGAAAGAAUUUUACAGAUAAUGAAAUAAAUCAAAUAUGUACUAAGUUUAAUAACAGCUUGCAUUUUAAUCCAGAAGGACAAAAUCUUUGUUACGCUAUAAGAGAUAUGAUGAUAACAAAAGUACAUCCAGUUCCAAAGACUUUACAACGAUAUAACAUUUGUAAAAAAUUAACAGUAAAAUCAUUGUGUUUCGACGGAGGAUUGGUUUUAGAUGGUGGGAUCGCUGUACAAUUUAAUUUAGGAGCUUCAGCAGAAUUUGAGAUAGAACCGAAUAGUGCUUUGAGAAAUCUAAUCCUUACUAUUUGAUAAAGUAUAAUAUUGUGAU